UCUUCCUCUGCAUGGUUGUGAUAUGUUGAGUAAAACAGAGAGCAGGUUUGAGCGGCUUCAGGAACCUUCCACAGAGGAGUAAACACAUCGUCACGCGGGGGAAGCCCUAUGGGGAAGUCUCCGCGUUUGCAGCGACGUGGUUGUGAACGCAGCCCGGAUGACGCGGCUCGUGUCGCGGGAAACUAAACGCUGCAAUCUCAAAAAGUAAAAUUCAGUUCCUCAGACACAAAACAGGUUCCUACAAUGGACACGUUUAUGUCUCAGACACAGAAUAAACGCUCAUGCUACAGUGAUGCUGUAACAAGAAGAAGUCCAAAGAAGAAGAUCAAACUGUUGGAAGAGGAGAGGGUAAAGGAAGAGGAGGAGGAGGAGGAGGAGGAGGAGGAAGAAGAUGAAGAUGCAGCUUUAGCAGAGUUCUCUCAACCUGUUCCGUGGCAGAAAAUAGAGGCAGAGGGACUUGACUGUGAUUAUGCUUUACUCUUCUCCAGAGAGGAAGCCGAUCAGCUGUUUAAACAGCUGGAGGAGGAGGUGGAGUACUCUAAAGGGGAAGAAGCAAAGGUCCACGUGUUUGGAAAGCUGUACAAUAUACCCAGAAAGCAGGCGACACACGGAGAUGCAGGUUUAACCUACACUUAUUCUGGGGUGAAACGUUCAGCCAGCCCCUGGACUCCAACCUUGGAAUCCAUCCGGGACGCUGUCACAAAAAUAACAGGACAGACCUUUAAUUUUGUCCUGGUAAACAGGUACAAAGACGGGCAGGAUCACAUGGGUGAGCAUCGGGACGAUGAAAAGGAGCUGGACCCACUUUGUCCCAUCGCCUCCGUCUCUCUGGGAGCAGCACGAGACUUCAUCUUCAGGCACAAAGACGCUCGGGGGAAACAGAGCAGCAGGCAGAUAGAACCUGUGAAGGUGGAGCUCACUCAUGGGAGCCUGCUCCUCAUGAACCCACCCACCAACUCUUUCUGGUACCACAGCCUUCCUGUGCGCAAGAGGGUCCUUCUGCCUCGCAUCAACCUCACCUUCAGACGCAUCGUACUGGACAGCAAGAAAUGACAGGGAGCCAAGCUGGGGGCAAGGCCCUCACUGGUCAAUACUGCCCGAGGAUAUAGACAAAUAUCACAUAUCUAAAAAGUGUUUCUCUAUGUUGCAGCUGAACCUGAGUGACAAAACGGAAGCACACAGUGAAGAUGAGGAGGCUCAUUCAAGUUCAAACUCACACUGAAACUAUCAGUUAUAUUUUGUAAAGUACCUGGCAAUGUUGACAAGGAGUCAACAAUGAUAAACACUUCAAUCCUCUUGAAAAAUCACAGGAUCUCAUUGAUUAGAGCAGGCAGGCUGUAUAUUGACAGAAUCGUGAACCAAUGGUGCCCUGAUUUUAGACUAGGUCUUUAACCUAUGUGGUGGUAAAAGGAAAGAUGACUGUUAUUCCAGUUAUAGGUUAAUUUAUCAGACUCCAAAUUUAAAUGUGAUUACAACAAACUGAAACGGGGUGAAGUUUAUCUGAUCUGAUAUUUAAGGAUUUCUGGAACAUCUGAGAUCAUUUUUGCCCUUGGAAAUAGAUGUUUGACCAGAUAAAGAGAAACAUAAAGCCUUUUUUUUUUACAUUUUCACAAUUGUCACGGCUCUUGAGGGGGAAAAAACUGGACAUUUAGGAAACUAAUGUGUAUGAAAUCUGGUGCAUCUUGAUUGAAUAAUAAGGGACUGUCGGGUCGUGGCAGAGGUUUGUUCUCGACUGAAUAUCAUUCUAGUUAUAAUCUGUCUGCCUUUGUCACGUUUACCCUGUGAAAUUCUGUAUUUAUUUAUUCUUUUGAAAACUACUGCUCGUUUGUCUCUUCUGUGCAUAUUUGGUCAAUAUAAGGAUAUUCUCGGACUGA